UGGCAGACAGGGUGACAAAUCAAGUCUCGACCUUUGAAAGCAAAACACUGACUGCAACCCCCUGGCAACUCGGAGCUGGGAAGGGAUCCAGGAGGCUGUACCUCGGGGUGGCACGGAGUGUCCCGGGUGUUUCUGCGGAACCUGGGAUAGGUGGAUCUAGAAGCAACGCCGCGGCGCUUGGCCAGAGUCAGAAGACACGCCCUUGCCCUUGUGCUUGGGAGAGACAUACGAGCUGCCUUUCUCUCCGGGAACCUGAGGAGAAGGCUGUAAAUCAACCAAGAGAGUCCAGAGAACUCAUCUUGCUGAGGAAGAGACCCAGGAGGCUGCUGGAAGGAGGUGAACACAGGGAGCGAUGGCUCCCAGUUUGCACCCUGCCUAGCAGCAGCCCCAGCUCCCAGCCAGGCCAGGCAGGAUGUGCCACUAGACAGCCAUGGAUGGGGCCCACAGCGCAGGCCUGCAGCUGCAGCCACUCCCGCCCACCAGCAGCUCCAUGAGCCUGAGCAGCAGCGAUGGCUCCUUCUCCUACAAGGAAAACUUGAUUGGCGCUCUCUUGGCGAUUUUUGGGCACCUUGUGGUCAGCAUCGCCCUUAACCUGCAGAAAUACUGCCAUAUCCGCCUGGCAGGCACCAAGGACCCCCGGGCCUACUUUAAGACCAAGACAUGGUGGCUGGGACUGCUCUUGCUGCUGCUGGGCGAACUGGGCGUGUUCGCAUCCUAUGCCUUCGCCCCACUGUGUCUCAUCGUGCCGCUCGGUGCCGUCUCUGUGAUAGCGAGCGCCAUCAUCGGAAUCAUAUUCAUCAAAGAAAAAUGGAAACCUAAGGAUUUUGUGAGGCGCUAUGUCUUGUCCUUUGUUGGAUGCGGUUUGGCCAUCGUGGGCACCUACCUGCUAGUGACAUUUGCACCCAAUAGUCAUGAGAAAAUGACAGGCGAGAACAUCGCCAGGCACCUCGUGAGCUGGCCUUUUCUCCUGUACAUGCUGGUGGCGAUUGUCCUGUUCUGCCUGCUCCUAUACUUCUACAAGGAGAAGAACGCCAACAGCAUCGUCGUGAUUCUCCUCCUGGUGGCCUUGCUUGGUUCCAUGACAGUGGUGACAGUCAAGGCUGUGUCAGGGAUGCUGGUGCUGUCCAUCCAGGGCAACCUGCAGCUGGACUACCCCAUCUUCUACGUGAUGUUUGUGUGCAUGGUGGCCUCUGCCAUCUACCAGGCCACGUUUUUGAGUCAAGCCUCUCAGAUCUAUGACUCCUCCUUGAUCGCCAGUGUAGGCUACAUCCUGUCCACCACAGCAGCCAUCACAGCAGGUGCGAUCUUCUACCUGGACUUCCUUGGGGAGGAAGCGCUGCACAUCUGCAUGUUUGCACUGGGGUGCCUCAUCGCCUUCUUAGGUGUGUUCUUAAUCACGAGAAACAGGAAGAAGGCCAUUCCAUUCGAGCCCUAUAUUUCCAUGGACGCCAUGCCAGGUAUGCAGGACAUGCAUGCAAAAGGGACAACGGUCCAGCCUGACCUCAAAGCUUCUUUUUCCUAUGGGGCCUUGGAAAACAAUGACAACAUUUCUGAGAUCUACACCCCGGCCACACUGCCCGUCAUGCAGGAGGAGCAUAGCUCCAGAAGCACCCCUGGGGUUCCCUACCGUGUCCUGGAGCACAACAAGAAAGAAUGAUCUGCCUCCCUUAAUAACUGCCCACAGACCACCCGUGGUUCCACCCUUUGUCCAACCUGCCUUUCAAGUGUCCUGGUUUUAAACUGAGAACCCUGCAAGAUGAUCUCGGGAGGCCCUUGUCUCUGACAGAGAAGCCGUUGGAUGACUGUGGCCUUGGAAAUUUCAACUAGUUGGGGAGUGUCCCAGGUGAGCUAUGUGGCAGGUUAGCCCAGUGGGGGUUGAAGCCAUUUUACCUCCUUGGAUGGUCAGUGAGUAUCAGGUAGUGAUUGCAGCUACCAUAUAUUCCUUAGUGUGAAAGCAAGAGAGAGUCCGUCUGCUCCCUCUUUGCAAAUCCAGCUAAAGGCUGGAGCCCUUCCCAGUCAGUCUUCCUUCACCCAACAUGCCUGCCUCGGCUCUGCCUGCUUCACUCAUGAGUCUAUAGCUCUGAAGACUUUGGUGCCCCUUUUGCCAAGCCCAGCAGGGCCAACCCUGAGUGGAACAAGCUGUCACCUGCACCUUGGUGGUGUACAUGGGUCUUCUGUGAAGACCUGGUGGUGAGUUUCUGCUGGGCCUGUUCUGAAAACUGGCUUGGCUCCAGUCCUGUGAAGAUUAUUUCAUUGCUUCCUCCCUCCAAAGAAGUCAAGAGAAUGGGGGGGGGGCACAAUGGGAGUGGUGGGGAGUUGAGAUUCAGCCCUCUCUGUUUCAAACUGGUGAGAAAGGUUCCUAGUGACUCUCCUGUCCCGGUGUCCUCCUGUCCCUGUGUCCUCCCAUCCUGGUGACUCUCCUGUCCUGUGUCCACCCAUCCUGGUGACUCUCCUGUCCCGGUGUCCUCCUGUCUCUGUGUCCUCCUGUCCCUGUGUCCUCCCAUCCUGGUGACUCUCCUGUCCUGUGUCCACCCAUCCUGGUGACUCUCCUGUCCCUGUGUCCUCCUGUCCCUGUGACUCUCCUGCCCCAGUGACUCUCCUGUCCUUGUGUCCUCCUGCCCCUAUGAUUCUCCUGUCCCGGUGACUCUCCCGUCCAGCUUCACAGAGGACAUGCUGAGGUCCGAGUAAGACAAGCUACUCUGUCUCGGGCACAUCUGGCUCCUGGGAAGAGUCCUCAUGAAGACCAGCUUCCAUCUCCUUCCUUCCUUCCUUCCUUCCUUUCCUUUUAGACCCACUAGCUAAGCUUCAUCUGCUGUUUCCCAUCUUUGGGCCACCGGGGUCUCCAGCCCCCAGCUGGGUCCAGGAGGAGCAGGCAUUUUCACACACAGGUCUGCAGCUUUCUUCCUGUCUGUUUCAUCAUUAGCUCCCCCACCCACCCCUGACUCUGCACCAAUGUGCACAUUUGAGAUUGGCAGGCAAAGGCUUGCAGGCUUUUAUGGGCAUCAGAAUUCCAUAGGGGUUUGUUUAAAAUGAGGUUCCUCACUCCAACUGUAGUGACCUGGUUCAGGGGACCUGGAGUGGACCCCAACAGUCUGCAUCAUUAGUGGGCAUCACAAGAAAUCUUGAGUCCCAGAACCCAGAGAGCAUACUCCCUCAGAAACCUUCUCACGGGUCACUAAAUCCAGAGUGGCUACACAUCCCUGCCACAAGGUUCAAACCUCCAGUUUCUUACCCUCUCUGGGUUCUGUAGGCAAGCCAGAUGGCCUCAUAGGACCUGCAGCAGUCCCUACCCAGUGAGCACCACUCUAAGGUGACAGUGUUAAUAGGUCAGUGUUGAUAGGCCAUUCCCAUCCCAGCUCUUCACACUCAAACAGUGCUCUGACUUCAGGACUUUGCCAUCUGCUACAGAGCCUAUGACCACUUCUGUAUUUCAUCUUGACCAUGUCUGUAUUGUGGCUUACAUGCCUGAGAUAGAGAUGGCAGCAGAGAAAUGGCUCUUCAGCUCAGCCCAGCAACACCUAAGGGGGCUUUUACCAUGUGUUUAGCCUACAAAGCUACACAGGUAAUUCUGCUCUCCAGGCCUACAGUGGGAGACACAGUCUUGGGUGGGGCAGACUGUGCCACAGAAAAGCACAGAGUCACAGAGGCCCUACUGGGGCUGGUCCCUGAACUCAAAAGGUGUUUAGAAUUGGAGGUAAUUUUCAUGCAUUCAUGGAUGGUGGCAGAUAUAGCUAAGAUAGAGAGUAGGUGAUCCUCACGCCCUGCUCCUGAGGACAGGGCAGCUUUGCAAAGUCAGAAAUUGGAGCCAGGGUUGUCAAAGAGUCUCAAAAGACAAGCAAUGUGACAGGCGUUGGUGGGGCACACCUUUAAUCCCAGCACUCGGGAAGCAGAGGCAAGCAGAUCUAUAUUAGUUCAAGGCCAGCCUGGUCUACAGAGUGAGUUCCAAGACAGCCAGAGCUACGCAGAGAAGCCAUAUCCCAAAAUACCAAAAGAAAAAAGAAGACACGCCAUGGAAGUCAAGUAUAGUGCUUCACACCUGUGAUCCCAGCACUUGGGAGACUAUUUUCCUCCAGAAGGAUUGUCACAUGUUUUAGGCUAACUUGGACUACCAUGUGAGACCCUGUCUCAAAACAGGAUUAGCAGUGGAGGCAGACUCUGACAGGCUUGAAUAGCUGUCAGAGGCGUGUAACCUAGAGAGUGUGGGAGCUACUGAAGAUUCAUGAGGAAGAGAGUAACAGUCAGAACCUAUUGGAAAGGAGACCCUGUUCUACGGAGGGAUGGGGAGAGAUGGACCCUUCAUGGUCAGGGUCCAGGCCCCUAAGAACAAAGCAUUAAAAUCAGAUUUUUCUUCUGUUCCAAUAGUGCCUGUCAGUUGCCUGGCGGGGGGGGGGGGGGGGGGUAGUCUGAAGCUGACCAGGAUCAGGAAGUGGGAAGAAGCGAGCGGGGAGGCUGAGCAUGGCAAACCCAGGUGGGCACCCAUCAUUUGGGCAUGGUAUGUGUGCCCAGCCUCCCUCUGCCCCUUCCCUCCCUCUUCUGUUUAGCCCUGACUGUUGCCACUCCUGGCUCUGACAGCGCCUACCCACCCCCACCCCCACUCUUACCCAUCCUCACCCUGCAGAUAGGCAUUCAAUGCGUAGCUCAGGCUGGUCUUGAAAUCUCAGUCCUCCUGCCUCAGCCUCCGGAGUGCUGGGAUGGCUGUAUACCACCUUCUCCAGCUCCCAUCUGAACUCUCCUGGCAACACAAAAUGCCACACCGCUGCCUGUCUCCCAACCACGAGGCACCUCCAGCAGGUCAUCAACCAUAGGCUAAUCUCCAUUUGUUCUCUGGUCCUCCUCUCCCACCCCUACUGCGGCUCUCCGUUCCGCAACCUGGGGUUCUGGGUCCCUGAUUAAACAUUAGGACACACGUUCUUGCAGACUGCUGCUUCAGAAGAGGGGUGCCCUUACCCCACAUUGCAGCCUGAUGACACCCUCACUUUCAGCACCAGGGUUUGGGGGAUCAGUGCGGAACUGAGCGCUGGGUGGGAGAAGAGCUCAGGGUUGCCUUUCCUGUGGACCCAGACAGCCCGAGGGUACCAUGCGAACGGAUGCACGUGGUCAUCAGAGGAGGACUGGGCCCUGCCCACUCUGCAGUCUUGCAGAUUUCAAAUGUGACCCAACCCUGACACGGAAGCGCCCUAUAAAUGAAGUCACUCUAGAAUAUAGUCUAUAGAUGCUUAUAUUUUGUUAACAUCAAAACUAAUACAGCAUGUGUUAGUUCACAAAAAUGUGUGUACUGUGUGCAGAUAACAUUAUAAAGCGGUAUUUAAUUAAAAUUCUAAGCAGUAACUUGGAGUUCAAGUCCUGUGUUUGGCAAAUAAAUACUUCAGCAACCA